AUGCGCUGUAACCCUUAUCGUGCUCCCCUCCACCCCAUUCAGUCGCCAUUCUCUCUCGCGACAAUCAGUCGCUCGCGACAUUUCCUCGGGAUUUUCAUCGCCGCACCCAUCCCUCCCACCGCGCUUUCUCAAACCCCUCCUUCCGCUGAUAGUCUCGUCAUUUCAGCCGCCUUACAAGUUCCGUCUCUCAAGUUCCGUGUAUCAGCACGCGCAAUGGCUGGAUCCCCAGUCUCCUUCUCUUCUUCCUCCUCAUCCUCCUCCUCGCCCUCCUUCCUCUCCUCCCGCCUCCUGGGCACCAUCAUCCGCGUUACAUGCCUCCUCGCUUGCCUCGCCAUCAUCGCAUUCUUAAGUGUGAGCUACUGGGCGCUGCGGGCCACUAAUCUCACGCCGCGUGUCGAGGAGUUUAGGGACCACUGGGACUCGUGCGUGAAUCAGCCCAUGGGCCACUGGGUCAAGCUCGCCGUGCCGUCUUCGCGCGGCGUUCCCUGCUCGCACAUAGUUAAAGCGGCGAUUAAGAGGGGCGAGGCCGGGGUGGAGCGAGGCCGGGUGCUGCAUCGGCUGCAGCUGAAGGAGCAGCCGGGAAGGGACGGCUGCGCGGUGAAAUACGAUGCUGACGUGGACCCCUGGGAUAUGCAUCCUGUGCCACGUGGCAAAUUCUCCUACUCCUCCUGCCACGUGGAAUGGAUCAUCUACUCUUCUGAUUGCGGACUCAGCAUGGUUCGGAUGGCGGAUUUCGCUCACAUGGCGGCCGUUCCGUUCGCCGUGGUGGGGGUGGGCGUCCCCUGGAGAGGCCAGGGCGGCCGCAUGCGGACUAUCCGCGACUACCUCCGCUCCCUGCCGCCCGACCGCAUUGUCAUUUCCACCGACGCCGACGACGCCUUCCUCAUGCCGGGCCCCGCUUGCCGCCCAGAGAAUCUUGUCGAGGCGUUUCUCUCGCUCAACGCACCCGUGGCCUUCGGAGGUGAGAUCUUCUGCUACCCGGACUGGCGGAAAAUCGAGGUGUUUUACCCUCGGAAAAUCAACGAGACGAAGAACUGGUUCCUGAACUCUGGAGCCUACGUGGGAUACGCAUGGGCCCUGGCUAAAAUCAUCGAUGCCACAUACGUGGGAGACUGCAUGCAGGACCAGCGCGCAUACACCCUCGGGUUCAUCGGCCAGCAAUACCUCUUCAGGCACCUCCCCCGCGUGCCCUACCCUGAACCCAGCGACUUUGAAUCCGCUCUCAGCAGCAUGGGUAGCGUCACUGCAGCGGUGGCCGCCCAGGAACGGUUUGCCGACUCUCCGUUCCGCAAGCCGUGGCGCAACCCGCGCCCUGUGCGGUACAACACGACGAUGUCGCCGUUCCACCGGCUGCCGCCCGCGUCAGAAGAGAAGGUGAUUAGUGAGGCGAUGGAGGCGGGGCAGAAGGAUGCUCCGUCCGUCAUGGCUGCUCCGUUCAUGAAGCUGGAUCAUUACAACACGCUGUUCACGCACCUGGGAGGGUACCCCUGGGAGGAGUUUGAAGUGGUGGGGAAGGGUGGAGAGGCGAUGGUGCGCGCGAGGAGCACGGGCGGCAUGGCGUGUAUUUUGCAUCAGCAGGGGGACAAGAUGCAGAAUCUGUCCAUGUAUUAUGUGUUUGAGCAGGCCAGGCUGGACGAUGUGCAGGCUGCACGGGGCAGCACGUCUCGUCUCUGCUGCUCCAUCACCACCGUCCCUCCGCAUUGCCCUCGCAAUGCGCGCACUGUCACUACUCAAUCGCUCCCCCCCAGCGCCCCGCGCAAGAGCACUCCCCGCGCACCUGAGAACCUUUUGGGGCAGCCGUUUCGGGCAGUGGAGGAGGAUUAUGAGAUAGGCAGGGAGCUGGGGCGGGGGCUGUAUGGCAUCACGUACGUCGCCACGCAUCGCCAGUCACGCGAGCUCUUUGCUUGCAAGACCAUCACCAAGCGCCACCUGUCCCCCACCUCAUGUGCCAAGGUGGCACGGGAGGCCGCCAUUCUCGCUCACACUCUUCCACCGCAUUCCACCGUUUCCCACCUGCCCACCCCCAACCAGCGCCACCUGUCCGCCACGUCAUGUGCCAACGUGGCAAGGGAGGCAGCCAUCCUCGCCCACCUGUCCACCGGCCAUGCGGGCAUUGCAACGCUCAUCGACCAAUACGAGGACGCCACGUGUGUGCACUUCAUUCUGCAGCUCUGCACAGGUGAGCAGGAGGGGUGGUGUGUUGGUGCCACAGGUGGAGUGAGAGGAAACGUGGGGUAUCACAGGCUGCUUGCUGUAGGACAGGGCGGCAUGCUAUACGAUGGGGUCAAGGCGGAGGGCAGCUACAGUGAACAGCGUGCGGCCGGCAUGGUUCGGCAGAUAGUGCAGGCAGUGCAGUACAUGCACAAGCAGGGCGUGGUGCAUCGGGAUCUCAAGCUCGAGAACUUCCUGCUGCUGCACCAGGGGGAGGAUGCGCCCCUCAUGGCCAUUGAUUUUGGGCUGUCGACCUUUUUUCAGCCGGAACUUCCUGCUGCUGCACCCUAUGCCCCCCUCAUGGCCAUCGACUUUGGCCUUUCCACAUUCUUCGAGCCGGGUGCGUGUCGGUGUGCUGGUGAUCUCAAGCUUGAGAACUUCCUGCUGCUGCACCCGGGGAAGGACGCACCCCUUAUGGCCAUCGACUUUGGGCUAUCCACGUUCUUCGAACCGGGGUGGGGUGGGGUGCAUCGGGAUCUCAAGCUCGAGAACUUCUUGCUGCUGCACCCAGGGGAGGAUUCCCCUCUGAUGGCCAUGGAUCUCGGCCUUUCAACAUUCUUUGAGCCAGGUGUGUACGUGUCGGUCCUCAACAUGCCUUCUGAGGGGCACGGUGGGCUCGAGAACUUCCUGCUGCUGCACCCGGGGGAGUAUUCCCCUCUCAUGGCUAUCGACUUUGGGCUGUCUACCUUCUUUGAGCCAGGCCAGGCCAAUGCCCCCCCGAUUUGGUGGGCAUUGCGUCCUCCCUCCCUCCCCCAUUAUGCUUACUUGUUCUCUGCUCUAUUGCUUUCCUCACCACAUAUCCCAGGGCAGCGCUUUAAGGAGGUGGUGGGCAGUGCGUACUAUGUGGCGCCAGAGGUGCUGAGGAGAGACUACGGCAGCGAGUGUGACGUGUGGAGCAUUGGAGUCAUCACCUACAUGCUGCUGUGCGGCACCCCGCCAUUCUGGGAUGUAUCGGAGGAGGGGAUAUGCGAGGCGGUGCUAAAGGGAGAGUACGAGAUGAGCAGUGCCCCCUGGCCGGCCAUCUCCCAGCAGGCGAGCCACCUGGUGGGGCGCAUGCUGGAGAGUGAUGCUUCCAAGAGAAUCACCACCCAGGAGAUCCUUGACCAUGAGUGGGUGCGAGAGGGAGGAGCGCCGACGUGCCCCCUGUCGCUACCAGUGAUGAAGCGUGUGCGCCAGUUCUGCCAGAUGAACCACCUCAAGCGGCGAGCCCUCGCGGUGGUGCCGGGGUGCUGUUUGGACGAGGAGGUUAUGGCAGUGGUGGCAGGGUGCUGUUUGGACGAGAAUGAGAUGGCGGCGAUUCGAACACGCUUCGACCAUCUCGACCUCGACAGGGAUGGUUGCAUCUCGGUGUCCGACCUCGUUGCCGGCUUUCAGUCGCUGCACAUCCCUCUCUCAGAGGAAGAGGCCCGAGAGAUCAUCCAAGCGGCGGACAGCAAGGGGUCGGGCACAUUGGACCUGUCGGAGUAUGCAUCGGCCAUCAUGGUGAAGCGCAUGGACGCCGCGCGCAUAGACAAGGCAUUCCGGCACUUUGACAAGGAGGGGCGUGGUUAUAUCACAAUGGCUGAUUUGAAGGCCACGCUCGCAGCAGGCGAGAGUGAUGAGACAGUGGAGCGCCUCUUCAAGGACAUUGGCAACAAGCAUAGUGGGCACAUUGACCAGGAGGAGUUCAGUCGGAUGAUGCGUGAGGGUAUGGAGGAUGGCAGUGCAUGGAGAGGUUCAGGGCUAUUGAGCAACCUUUCAGCGAUCAAAAUACAGGAGCUGCACCAUACUGAGAAAUUUUGA